AUGUCUCAACAGUGUCUCAAUCAUCUUUCACCAAGCAUCCUCUCCAAAGCCUCUUCAAUCCGUACCAAAUCUGGAAUGAUCAAUAGGAGUGGCUGCCGGAAUCGAUCGCGGGGGACAUGUAAACACUUUGUUGCAGAUGGCCUUGAGAUUGAAUUUGAAAGUAGUUGGCAAGAUCCACAACUGACUGCUCCUGCGCAGAGUCGUCGACCACCGCUGCACCUCUCCUCGCUUCUGCCUCUCCUCCUCUUCUCACGGUCUGUCUGUGCCCUCCCGUUGCUGCACGGAAACCCCGUCGUCGCAGUUGACUCGGGCCAUUUCCAAUCGUUGGCGUUGGCCGGAUCCCUUUCCCGUCCUGCUCUAAGAUUGUGCAACUAG